CUCGGUGUAAUUGGUCAGUGGUGUUUCAGUGACGUUAGUUCUCGUGUGUAUUGGUUGGAGGUAAAGUAAACACUUGAGUAGGCUUGUGAGUGUAGUGUGGUGUGUGCUAGGGUUUCAGUGCUCACUCAGUGUCGAUGCUGUGAGUCAGGGAAUACACAAUAUCAGCCAUGCUCACAUUAAAAUGGAUUUUCUCCCUCGUGUAUCUUCUCUCGCGGUCCGGUGUGUGUGAGGGGUAUGUGGUCAGGCGCUCAGGCAAAUCAGAUCAGUCUCCCUCAUUUAUCGCUGACAUCCCUUCAAACAGCCUGUCUGGUUCCUGUAAAAACAGGUGCUUUGAACUUGUGGAAGCUGAAGCCCCAAACUGUCGCUGCGAUAACCUGUGUAAAACAUACAACAGGUGUUGCUCGGAUUUUGAUGAGCACUGCUUGAAAACAGAGGGGGGUUUCGAAUGUAGUAAAGAACGUUGUGGUGAAACACGUAAUGAACAACAUGCCUGUCACUGCUCAGAGGACUGCAUGGCCAAAGGAGACUGCUGCACCAACUACAGGUCUCUCUGCAAAGGUGACGUCCCCUGGCUACAGGAAGAGUGUGAGGAGAUUAAGAACCACGAGUGUCCUGCCGGUUUUGUUCGGCCCCCUGUCAUCUUGCUGUCUAUUGAUGGCUUUCGUGCGUCUUUCAUGAAGAGAGGAAGCACAGUGAUCCCCAACAUUGAAAAACUACGAUCGUGUGGAACCCAUGCACCAUACAUGAGACCUAUGUACCCCACCAAAACCUACCCGAAUUUAUAUACUAUUACAACAGGGCUUUACCCAGAGUCGCAUGGAAUUGUGGGUAACUCCAUGUAUGACCCUGUCUUUGAUGCCAGCUUUAACAUCCGUGGGAAAGAAAAGCUCAACCAUCGAUGGUGGGGAGGACAGCCUAUCUGGAUCACUGCGGUGAAACAGGGAGUAAAGGCUGGAACUUUUUUCUGGCCUGUUGGGAUUCAACUGGAAAGGCGAGUUCUGACAAUGUUACAAUGGCUUCACCUACCAGAUGCAGAAAGGCCAUAUGUUUAUGCAAUGCAUUCUGAACAGCUGGAUACCUACGGCCACAAACUAGGACCCCAAAGCACUGAGCUUGAUGGCGCACUGAGGGAGAUUGACAAGGUGAUCGGACAGCUGAUGGAAGGCUUGAAACAGAUGAAACUGCAUCGCUGUGUCAAUAUCAUCUUGGUUGGAGACCACGGUAUGGAGGAAGCUCACUGUGACCGCACCGAGUUCCUGAGCUCCUACAUGUCCAACACAGAAGAUCUCAUCCUAAUUCCUGGCUCUCUGGGAAGAAUCCGAGCCCGAUAUCCAAACAACUCCAAAUACGAUGCAAAAGCGGUUGUAGCAAAUCUUACUUGUAAAAAGCCAGACCAGCAUUUUAAGCCGUACUUGAAGCAGCACCUUCCCAAACGGCUCCAUUACGCCAAUAACCGCAGAAUCGAGGAGAUUCACUUGAUGGUUGAAAGGAAAUGGCACAUAGCACGGAAGGCCUAUGAAACAAAGAGGAAUCAUGGAAAAUGUGGGUUUGCCGGUGAUCACGGAUAUGACAAUAAGAUCAACAGCAUGCAGACCAUUUUCCUUGGAUAUGGACCGGCUAUCAAAUUCAAGACAAAAAUACCACCGUUUGAGAAUAUUGAGCUUUACAAUGUCAUGUGUGAUCUGCUUGGCUUGAAACCGGUUCCUAAUAACGGUACCCACGGUAGCCUUAAUCAGCUUUUGAGGAGCCCAGUGUACAUACCCACCAUGCCUGAAGAAGUGUCCAAACCAAACCCUGCAGGUCCAAUCACGGCUCUUACGGGUGACCUGGGCUGUACCUGUGAAGACAAGUUGCGUUCAAAAAGUAGGGGGCAGAGGGCAUUGAAAGUGACCCUUGUAAGAGGCUAUAACCUGGAGUCACUGUGGCUCUGUCUGUUACAGAACAAAGUGGAAGAGCUCAAUCAACGACUGAGACAAGUUAUUGAUGACAGCAGGAAUCUUCCGUAUGGUCGGCCAGCAGUCAUGUUCCGCACCAAAUACUUCAUCCUCCAUCACAGUGACUACAUUAGUGGCUACAGUGAAGCCAUUUCAAUGCCUCUCUGGACGUCUUACACUGUUUCAAAGCAGGUGGAUUUUACCCCCCUCCCAGAGUCUCUCAGUAACUGCAUUCGGCCUGAUAUCAGAGUUCCUCCAGCAUAUAGUCAGUCCUGUUCAAGCUAUCGGGCAGACAAGCAGAUCUCUUAUGGCUUCUUAUAUCCACCUCAGCUGUCCUCCAAUCAGGAUGCAAGAUAUGAUGCUGUUCUCAUUACCAACACUGUACCGAUGUACCCAGCAUUCAAGCGUGUUUUGGGCUACUUCCAGAAAGCUCUUGUGAAACGUUACGCCAGUGAGAGAAAUGGAGCGAAUGUGGUCAUCGGCCCCAUCUUUGACUUUGACUACGAUGGUCUUAGAGAUUCAGCAGAGAAAAUAAACCAAUAUUCCACUGGAUCUGUGCCAAUCCCCACCCAUUACUACAUUGUGGUUACGAGUUGUCUGGAUUACACACAUACUGUUGACUCCUGUGUUGGUCCUCUCAGUGUUUUCUCUCACAUACUUCCUCACCGACUGGAAAAUGAUGAGACCUGUAAUAGUUCAGAGGACGAGUCAAAGUGGGUGGAGGAUCUAAUGAAGACGCACACAGCACGUGCACGAGAUGUGGAGUUACUUACAGGACUGGACUUUUAUCGUCGGACAAGCAGGACCUAUGAGGAGAUCCUUUUUCUAAAGACCUAUUUACACACAUAUGAGAGCGAGAUCUAAACCACUGUAUCGAUACUUCUGCAUCCUGACAUAGUUAGGUGUAUAUUUUUAUACAAGCUAUCAUAUUUAUUGUUCUUUCUUUGUUAAUCUUUUAUUUUCCCCCUUAAAGUUCACCCAGAAAUAAAAAUUCCGUCACCAUUUACUCACCCUCUUGUCAUGUCAAACCUGUAUGAGUUUCUUUCUUCCGCAGAACACAAAAGAAGAUAUUUUGAAGAACGUUGUUGACCAAACAGCGAUGGAAUCCAUUCACUUGCAUUGGUUUUGUGUCCAUACAAUGGCUGCCACUGCUGUUCGGUUAUCAACAUUCUUCAAAAUAGUUUAUUUUGUGUUCUGCUGAAGAAAGAAAGCCAUCGAGGUUUGAAAUGACAAGUCGGUGAGUAAAUGAUAACAGAAUUUUCAUUUUUGGGUGAACUAUCCCUUUAAUGUCAAUGAAUCAUACGCAUGAAUGGACCAUCAGGUUCUUUAUUGAAUGUUGUAAUAAAAUUGUAAAAAUGU